CGCACACUCCAUACAUAUAAACCAGGCGAUAUAUUCUGCAGUGCGACGGGAGAAGCACAUUAAGACUAACGGGUUUCGACAGUGACGUAUGCUGAGGAGAACUGUGCCCAGCGGAAAAGCAGUCACGCGGAGAUCCUGAAGGCCGCACAUGCGCAAUGGGAAUUCUUGUCACUUCGAUCACAAACGACUCCAUCAUUAGACCAGCAGGAUUUUACAUAGUUGGAUUUACGUUUUUUAAGUUUACUAAUUUAUACUUCAUUUUCCUCACCGUCGUUUAUAUUGUAACAGUUUUGUCCAACUCUGUUAUGCUUUCCAUCAUAUGGAUAGAUCACCGCUUACACACCCCGAAGUACGUUGCGGUGGCUAAUCUGGCGAUCGUUGACAUGGUGCUCAGUACAACCCUUAUUCCUAAUAUGAUCAAGAUGUUUCUCGCGAAAGAUAACUUUAUUUCCUACAACGCAUGUUUGACUCAGAUGUUUUUCUAUUACUGUUUUGUCUCAUUAGAGUCGUUUUCCCUCAGUGUACUUGCCUAUGACAGGUUAAUUGCGAUAUGUUUCCCACUGAGACAGAGCUCUAUCAACACAAUCCCCGUCAUGAUCAGUAUUUUAGUCACGGUUUGGUCAUUUUGUACAAGUGUUAUUGUGUUCGCGGUCAUAAUCAUGACCAGGCUAUCUUUCUGUAAUUCGGUCAACGUGCAGAGCUACUUCUGUGACUACACUCCCAUGUACAGACUAGCUUGCAAUGAUAACCGAUUGCAGUGGGCUACCGCCUCUUCUCUGAGUUUACUUAUUGUGUUUGUGCCCCUUAGUUUAAUCAUCAUGUCAUACAUCUGCAUUUUGACAGCCGUGUUCAGAAUGAAAAAUGUAAACAGCAGGUGCAAAACACUGUUAACUUGCACGGAACAUUUUGUUCUCGUUGCGAUUUUCUACGCGCCGUUCAUACUGGUGUACAUCAUCGAACAUUUCUUCUUCAAACUCGAUCCGGAUGUCCGGAUUCUGAACUUGUCGUUGGCCGCGUGCACGGCGCCCUGUCUGAACUCCAUUGUGUAUUCCCUGGCAACCAAAGAUAUCAGGAGCAGAGUGCUGGCUAUGCUCCGGAAAGCCAAGAUAACAGCCAGGGUAGGGCAGCCGUAGAGCCAAACAUUGCAUUGAAUUUACAUUUUCAAAUGAAUAACAUCAUUUCAUUUCACGGCUUGGUGACUGGCGUCAAUAGGGCAUGUUUAUGUGAAGUCCAACGUAAUAAAUUUGAAUUGUAUUUUCUUGUAAACAUAAUCACUCUUACAUAAUGAGC